AUGGGAUCUGGAAGCUUGCCCUCUCCUCCGGCUGAGGAUCAUAAGUCGACCCUCUCUCGAAAAAGCACAUCCUCAAGCACCAAGUCGGUCAAGCCUGUGCAUCGCACCUCCAAGCGAGCCAGCUCAAGUGCUGCUACAAUUCACCACCACGAUCAUGUCACACAUACAACUGGCAUGGAUGGCCGACACAAGCGUUGUGACGGUGAAUUUCCCUGCAAGCGAUGCAAGGAUGACGGUCUAGUCUGUACUGCUGGUGUACGAAAGAAGAUGGAAUACAAGCAGUUGCCUCGAGGUUACGCCGAGGUUCUCGAGAACACCCAAUUCGCUUUAAUUGCUACCGUCCACAAACUUUACUCAAUGGUCCGAAACAACCAAUCGUGGGACCUUGGCGAGCCCGAAUUAAACGAUCGCGGCCAACCCGUAAUCCACAACAUCGCCCAAAAGCUCGGAUGUAUCCGCCCCAACAGCGAUAUCGAUCUUCCCGUGCACUCGGUAUUCCCUGAGGAUGAGGCCGGCAUGGCUGAGCUGGCUCGACAGCUCGAGGACCAGCAAAAGGAACACGAGCCUCACAAGGAAGCCAUCAAGGACACAGACUCUUCAGUGUGUAACCGAACCGAGCGAGCGUCAUCAUCGGAACUCGACCAUUCCGACGUCGACAUCGAAUAUGAUUACAGAAAAGCUGCAUUUGGUAACACCAACGCCAUGACCCUUUCACCGCAGAGCUUCACGGGCUCUCCCGACUUCGACUUUGCCCCUCCACCACCCGAAAUCGAUGCUUCAACGCUGUUCCCCUCACAAUCUCCCUCGAUGAACAACUUCCCCGCCUGGCCAAUGAUCAAGCCUCAACUCACCGACCUCACUAUGCAAUUCCUACAACAGCAACAACAAAGCGGUAUGAUGGCCAAUAUGGAUAUGUUGAAUCAAGGCCUUGUGGAAUCAGAAUUCGGAACAAUCAAGCCUCAUGUCCUCUCAUGCCCCAAUCCCGAAGUAAUGCUGGGUAUGGGAGACCCCAUGAUCUAUUCAGGUUACGAUGGCGAACCGAUGCGACUAUGA